AAACUACUGGAGUUGAAGGAUGACGACUUACCAACCCGAAGUUUUGGAACCCUAUUGGCCAGGGGAGAGAAUUAAAGGCAGGCCAACAAGACUUUUGAGCUUGGCAGGAAUAAGUUGAAGCAAGAUAAGAUGCAGAAAAUUCCACUUUCUAUUUACAAUGACAACAAUAUGGAUGUGAUGAGGGGUCAUCCCUCUAAGCCAAGUACUGAUUCAAACUCUUGGCACACUCUUGGAGAUAGAGCUGAGAGAAACAAAGAAAAUAAUGCAGUGCCUACAAAGUGGACAUCAUACAAGGUUCCACAACGACCUGUUCCAAGAACCAUGGGGACUGGUGCAAGUGCUCAUAUUGAAGUUUUUGUUGAUGAGGAAUGUGCAGAAAAGCCAAAAGCGACUGAUGAGAAUGAUAGAACUUCAAGUCUGCAACUGAGAGAGUUGGAUGGCAAAAACAUAAAAAGGGAAACUGAGUUACUUGGGGAGAAUCCAUUGCGGAAUUUCCCUUCAAACAGUCUACCUAGGUGAUUUCAAAGCCCGAAUGACAAUGGUGGUGUGCUUGUUUCAUUUUCAUGGUGGGAUUUGCUUUUAACUCCAAAGCCGGAUUCAUAAUACCAUGUCGUACUACGUGUUUACCUGUUUUUGUGGGCUUUAAGGUGUUUUUUGGUUAUCUCAAUAAGUGUGUGAUGCUUGCGGUUAAGUUUGUUCAUGAUUUACCAUUGAAUUAUUUU